AACUUCGAGACGUAACCCCACCACACUCGUAAACUGAUCGCUUAAUCAACCGACCAACCACACAAACAAACAGUCCAUCCGUCAUUCAAUCAGCACGACAGCUCAAUCCACCUUUGUUUCUUUCUUUCGCACAUCGUGCUCAACACUCGCUCCAAGAGAACGACACGAGAAUUAAGCACCGACCAAUCGAGGUGGCCAUCCGAGAAGGCCGACACAGACGUCUAUCUAGCAAGCCAGGCGACCUCGAGGUCUGACAUCACUAUGCGCAUAGCCCGACGAUGAAGUUUGGAGAGCAACUUGAAGAGGCUUCGGUGCCUGGCUGGAGCUUGCACAAUGUCGACUACAACUCGCUAAAGCACCAGAUUAAAAUACACACCACCAAGGAUCAGGCCGCUGUCGCCAUCGCUAUCCCCGGCCACCAAGAUCAGGCCCUAAGAAGAUUCGAGGACGCCUUCUAUCUGGAACUCUGCUCCCAGCAUGACCGCGUCGGAUUGUUCGUCACCAGUAAGGCCGACGAGAUUUCCCGCCGUUUGCGCUAUAUCUCGAUACUUGUGCAACAAUUGAUCCUCAAAUGCACCGACACACGAGGCUUGUCCGCAAAGCGCCAGCGGCGAUUCGCCAAGUACCAUGCACAAAUCGAAGAGUGCGGCCAGGAUAUCAAAGCACUCGGUCGGUUUGUGGACGCCCAAGUCACUGCGUUCCGCAAGAUCCUAAAGAAAUACAAGAAAUGGACUGGGUCAACGACGUUGGGCAGUCGCUUCAAGGAUAACAUCCUCCACCAUCCAAAAAGCUUCACCAACUACAACCUCACCCCACUACACACCCAAUACCACGAACUACGCAGCACCCUCGAAGCCGCUUUACCUAACUAUGCGAAUACCCUCGAAUCAUCGCUCCCCACCGAAUCGCAUGAUGCCUCUAUUCGCAGAGCCCAGCGUGACUCUCGUCGCCCAUCGCAUGAUGUAGCGACUAUGGCACCUACGGGCUAUUGGAAUGAGUACGACCACGGCAGUGAGGUCGGCGACCACGAUGAUGCAUACGUUAUCUAUAUCGACCCGAACGCCACCGACGAAUUUCCCGGCCUAGCGUAUAUGAAGAACAUGUUCGUUAACCCCGUCGACUCGGUGCGCCACUGGCUACAGUCGCAGAAGUCCAGAGGCACGACGAUGACGGCUACAGUAUCAACUCCAUCAGAAACACAAUCGCUUCUAGGCAACAGAACGAGCACAAGUAACGGCGCUUUGUCAGACUACUUCACCGCACGGCCGUCCGCAACGGACGAACCAAUGACUGAAGAUGACUACCUCUCCUCACGCUCGUCUUCGUCGGUGGCCGAUUACAAAUUAGGCUUACAACAAGAUAGGAUGCUAACACGAGCGGUUAUUGUCGCUUUUCUCGCGGCUUUUGUACUGCUAGGCAUCUCAAGUCUCCUAGUCUUGACGGGACGUCGACGUCUACGUCUUGAGGUUGACGCCGGCGCCGCCGUGGGCUCUGUUGCCAGCCUAUUUUGUGCCUGCAUGGGCCUCGGGGCCAUGCUCUAUCGCCAACACCCCGGUAGCUACUUGUACACUCUUGCUGUCUGGAUUACCUUCAUCACUGUAUGCAUACUCAAUGGCAUUCUGCUUGUGCUGGUCGCUGGCAGCAGUGGAUUAUGAUAACGCAUCCUACCCCUUCCUCUCGACGCUUUGUUGCCUCGAGGGAGGUGGGGACGGGGGAAACGAAACGGCAUUGAAGCAGGCUAUGCCAUGUAUUACAUACUUCUUACAUGUUUUACUUUAGACUGGAUGGGUUCAGGAUGGAGCAUAGCGUUC